AUGACGAACUUUGUGAAUAUUUAUGAGAAAUUGGACCCUACAGACGACCCGGCCUUCAAGCCCAAUUAUUCCUACACGGAACUAGUAUAUCUAGCUGUGCUCCGAUCUCCCAACUUUUGUCUUCCCAUUGGUGAAAUAUACAAGUACGUCCAGAAUAGGUUUGCGUUUUUUCGUAACAAUGCUCGCCAACAUUGGAAAAAUGCCAUCCGUCACAGCUUAUCCAAGACCAAGUGCUUCACCAAGAUCAGUCUCGGCCGAGGUUCCGGUGGUUCCAGUAGAAGCUGCUUCCUAUGGUCAAUCGAUCCUUGUAGCAUCAUAAACUUUGCCCGUGGUGACUACCGA